AGUAUUUUAUCGGAAAUACGAAAAGAGUAGUCACGUGAUUAUCCACGUUCGUUCUCUUUUCUUGGGUCUGCUGAAAGGGCAACAUCAAGCAUUUGUAACUGGUUGUCCAAUCGAGACUCAAUCCAAAAUGGUGAACUUCACGGUAGACCAGAUCCGGACUAUCAUGGAUCAUAAAAAGAACAUCCGCAACAUGUCCGUGAUAGCUCAUGUUGAUCAUGGCAAAUCAACACUCACAGAUUCCCUGGUUAGCAAAGCCGGUAUCAUUGCUUCUUCAAAGGCAGGAGAAACCAGGUUUACAGAUACCCGUAAGGAUGAGCAGGAACGAUGUAUUACCAUCAAGUCUACGGCCAUCUCCCUCUACUAUGAGCUGGACAAGGAGGAUAUGAAGUACAUCAGGCAGGACUAUGAGCAAGAUAAUAAUGCCUUUUUGAUCAACCUGAUUGAUUCCCCUGGCCAUGUAGACUUCUCAUCAGAAGUAACAGCAGCACUGCGUGUGACUGAUGGUGCCCUUGUUGUUGUGGACUGUGUCUCUGGUGUUUGUGUGCAGACAGAGACUGUUCUUCGCCAGGCCAUUAGUGAGCGCAUCCGACCAGUACUUUUCAUGAACAAGAUGGACCUUGCUUUGCUCACCUUGAAGUUGGAAAAAGAAGACCUUUACCAAACCUGUCAGCGCAUUAUAGAAAAUGUCAAUGUGAUUGUCAACACCUACUAUGAGGAAGGUGGACCCAUGGGCAAUAUUUCCGUGGAUCCAAAAGAAGGCACAGUUGGAUUUGGCUCAGGUCUGCAUGGCUGGGCUUUCACUCUUAAGGACUUUGCAAAGAUGUAUGCAAGCAAAUUUGGCAUUGAGGAAGAGCAGAUGAUGAAACGACUUUGGGGAGAUCAGUUUUAUAACCCAAAGGAAAAGAAGUGGUACAAGGAGCAACUACCUGGUUCCCAGCGUGGCUUUACCCAAUACAUCCUUUCUCCCAUUUAUCAGAUCUUCCAUUGUGCUAUGAAUGAACCAAAGGAAAAGACUUUGGAACUUGUGGACAAAUUGGGAAUCAAGCUUGUAGCUGAGGAAAGAGAGUUGCUGGACAAACAACUGUUGAAAACUGUGAUGAGGAAGUGGCUGCCUGCUGGAGAUGCCCUGCUGCAGAUGAUUGUCAUUCACCUGCCAUCCCCUGUCACGGCUCAACGCUACAGAAUGGAGCUGCUGUAUGAAGGACCUCACGAUGACCCAUGUGCUGUUGCCAUCAAAAGCUGUGAUCCCAAAGCUGAUCUUAUGAUGUACAUCUCUAAGAUGGUUCCAACAAGUGAUAAGGGCCGAUUCUAUGCAUUUGGUCGUGUCUUCAGUGGUGUCGUUACAUCUGGGCAAAAGGUCCGCAUCAUGGGACCCAACUAUGUUCCUGGCAAGAAGGAAGAUUUGUAUGAGAAGAGCAUACAGAGAACUAUUCUUAUGAUGGGACGUUUCACUGAGGCUAUUGAAGAUGUACCUUGUGGCAACAUCUGUGGUCUUGUUGGAGUUGACCAGUUUUUGGUCAAGACUGGUACAAUUUCAACAUACAAAGAUGCCCACAACAUGAAGGUCAUGAAGUUCUCUGUCAGCCCUGUUGUACGUGUUGCUGUCGAAUGCAAAAAUCCUUCUGAUUUGCCAAAAUUGGUUGAAGGUCUAAAGCGUCUUUCCAAGUCUGACCCUAUGGUGCAGUGCAUCAUUGAGGAGUCGGGUGAGCAUAUCAUUGCUGGUGCUGGAGAGCUUCAUUUGGAAAUCUGCCUGAAAGAUCUGGAGGAAGAGCAUGCAUGCGUUCCCAUCAAGGUCUCAGACCCUGUGGUAUCCUACCGGGAGACUGUGUCAGAGGAAUCUGACAGGAUGUGUCUGUCCAAAUCUCCAAACAAACACAACCGUCUUUUCCUGAAGGCUGCUCCUUUGCCAGAGGGUUUGCCAGAAGACAUUGACAGUGGUAAGAUUGCACCUCGUCAAGACAUGAAAGAGAGGGCCAGGUAUUUGACUGAGCAGUAUGCAUUUGAUGCCACUGAAGCCAGAAAGAUCUGGUGCUUUGGCCCCGAGGGAACAGGUCCCAAUCUGUUGGUGGAUUGCAGCAAGGGUGUUCAGUAUCUAAAUGAAAUCAAGGACAGUGUUGUGGCUGGCUUUCAGUGGGCAACAAAGGAGGGUGUGCUUUGUGAGGAGAACAUGAGAGGUAUCCGUUUUAACAUCUAUGAUGUGACCCUGCACGCUGAUGCUAUUCAUCGUGGUGGUGGCCAAAUCAUCCCAACUGCACGUCGUGUGUUGUAUGCUUGUGUCCUGACUGCAAAGCCCAGGCUUCUUGAACCAAUUUACCAAGUGGAGAUCCAGUGCCCUGAAGUAGCAGUUGGUGGUAUCUAUGGUGUACUGAACAGAAGACGAGGCAUGGUGGUUGAAGAAACUCAGGUUGUUGGCACUCCAAUGUUUAUUGUCAAAUCUUACCUGCCUGUAAAUGAGUCAUUUGGCUUCACUGCUGACCUUCGCUCCAACACUGGAGGACAGGCCUUCCCUCAGUGUGUGUUUGACCACUGGCAGAUUCUGCCAGGUGAUCCAUUUGAAGCCAACUCCAAGCCUUCACAGAUUGUUGCUGAUACACGAAAGCGUAAGGGUCUGAAAGAGGGCAUCCCUCCACUUGACAACUACCUGGACAAGCUGUAACCCCUAAGCCACUCCUAGUCCUGCUUAGACUGCAUCAAGUAUGCCCAGCGAACCCAACAAUAGACUUGAAGAGACUAUUUUACUCUAAUUUCAGCUUCCAAGCCUUCCUGCUUCUACAAUAGGUCAAAAAAAUAACACAACCACGAAAGAAAAGAUGUCUGUGGAAGAAAUUUGCCAUGUCACAAAGUCUGGUUACUAAGUUGCUCACAAACACACAGGCCACAAGAGAUAUACAUUGUUGCCACAUUAAGCACUUUACACUGUGCUGUCCAAGGGAAGUUGGCAUUUUUUUGAGCUGUGGACAAGGGAAUGAAUUUGAAGAAACAAAAUAAAAGAUUUCCCUGUA